AUGCGAAGGCUAGAGGCGGUCCUUGCUGCAUGGCCUUGCGCCAUUGCCACGGUGGUGCUGCUAGCUCUCGCGACGGGAGUGGCUGCGGCCAACGAAGCGAAGCAUGACGUGGACGGCGGCGGCGGCGUCUCGAGGAUCGGCACCACCGCAGCACCAUCGUCGACCAUCAUCAACGUCACCGCGAUCUGCCUGACGACGCCGUACCCGAGCGCGUGCGAGACGGCGCUCUCGUCGUCGCCGGCGCCGCCGGGCGGCUCAUCAUCAUCCAGCAGCAGGGCCGACGACCCGUUCGCAGCGUCCGUGCAGUACGCGAUGGCCCGGGCCGCGUCGGCGCGCGCGGUGGCGCGGAACCUCUCGGCCACGCGUCGUCCCCGCGGCGCGCCGCCGGGCGUGCAGGACUGCGCCGAGCUGCUCGACAUCAGCCUGGACCAGCUGGGCGACGCGCUCGCCGCGGGGGGCGCGGCGGGCGACGUGGACGGGGUCACCACGUGGCUCAGCGCCGCGCUGACGAACCAGGCCACUUGCGCCGACAGCCUCGUGGCCGACCCGGCCUCCGCGGGGCGCGAGGCCGUGCGCGCGCGCGUCUCCGCGCUCACCCAGUUCAUCGCCACCGCGCUGGCUCUGCACGUCAACAAGUUAAAGGCUCACGAUAGCAGCGGCGGCGGCUCACCGUCCGGCUCGCCACCCACGCCGCCGACGCCAGCGGCGGCGGCGUUCCCGUCCUGGGUGACCCAGCAGGACCGGAACCUCCUGGAGUCGUCGUCCCCGGCGGCAGCGAGUGGCGCCAUCGUGGCUGACGCAGUGGUCGCGCUGGACGACAGCGGGACGCACCGGAGCAUCAACGAGGCGAUCGCGGCCGUGACCGCGGCGAACGGCAGCGGCGGCGGAGGAAGGAAGGUAAUACACGUGAAGGCCGGGCGGUACGAGGAGAGCGUGACCAUCUCGAGCAAGCAGAAGAACGUGAUGCUGAUGGGCGAGGGCAAGGGGAAGAGCGUCAUCGUCGGCCACAAGAGCGCCGGCGAGGGCUACACCACCUACGCCUCCGCCACCGUCGCUGCGAUGGGGUCGGGCUUCAUCGCCAAGGGCCUGACGAUCGUGAACAGCGCGGGGCCAGGGAAGGGCCAGGCGGUGGCGCUGCGCGUCGGCGGCGACCUCUCGGUGGUGUACCAGUGCGGCAUCCAGGCGUACCAGGACACGCUCUACGUCCACUCGGGCCGCCAGUUCUACGCGGCCUCCGACAUCGCCGGCACGGUGGACUUCGUCUUCGGCAACGCGGCCGUGGUGCUGCAGAGCUGCGACAUCCAGGCGCGGAGGCCGAGCCCCGGGCAGGAGGACACAGUGACGGCGCAGGGCCGGACGGACCCGAACCAGAACACCGGCAUCUCCAUCCACCGGUGCAGGGUCACCGGCGCGCCGGACCUCGGCGGCACGCCGGUCUACCUGGGCCGGCCGUGGCAGAGGUACUCGCGGACCGUCGUGAUGGAGACCUUCCUCGACCGGUCGGUCGCGCCGGCCGGGUGGCUCGAGUGGUCGGGGCAGUUCGCUCUCAGCACGCUGUACUACGGGGAGUACGGGAACACCGGGCCUGGUGCCGGGACCAGCCGGCGUGUGACGUGGCCCGGAGUGCACACGUCACUGUCCAGGUCGGAUGCCGCGAGGUUUACCGUGGCGGAGUUCAUCCUGGGAGACGCGUGGUUGGGUGGCACUGGAGUCAGCUAUAUUUCAGGACUGUGA